UUCCUCUCUCCUGCCACCCCAAGUCGUCUGCAUUGCGUGUUACCCAGUGGGACAGCACAUUGGCCUGGACCUCAAGCUACCCACGUUCUAGUCCCGUCUCUGUCAUUUCCUAGAGCUGUGGCCUCGGAUCCCUCCCUGGUGCCACAGCAGCUGAGUGUGCAUCAAAUCUGAAGAAAAUCUACACAGUACAAACUGUACAGAUAUUCUGGAGUGUAUACAAUAACAUCCCUCCUGUGACUAGCCUGCCUUUGAGAUGUAGUUAUCAUUUAAUGAGAGGAGAGAGGCGACCACUUUGGGAAGAAGAGAGUAAUGCAAAGGGUGGCGUAUGGAAAAUGAAAGUUCCCAAGGACAGCACGUCCACAGUUUGGAAAGAGCUGUUGUUAGCAACUAUUGGGGAACAGUUCACAGAUUGUGCCGCCACAGAUGACGAAGUGAUAGGAGUCAGUGUCAGUGUUCGGGACCGAGAAGAUGUCGUCCAAGUCUGGAAUGUAAAUGCCUCUUUAGUCGGUGAAGCAACUGUUUUAGAAAAGAUCUAUGAACUUCUGCCCCACAUAUCUUUUAAAGCAGUAUUUUAUAAACCCCAUGAAGAGCAUCAUGCUUUUGAAGGUGGACGUGGAAAACACUAAUUGCACUCUGUAAAGAAUUCUUUGUCCUUUGCUGAUUGGUUUUGGAAACGGUCUUAACAGGAGGGAGAGUGAAGAGAAGACUUGCCGAAGCCCGAUGCUGGUCAAUUUAGAGUGGGUUUCUGUCCUUGCAGAUUGAGCAAUUAGGGCUCAAAGUGGCAGGCGGGGUGGGGGGAGAUUGUGUGGGUUUCUACCAUCACAUUACUUGCUUUUUUUUAAAAAAAAAAAAAAAAAUUUUUUUUUGGCUUUCUAAAUUCUCUGUUCUAUUCACUCCAAAAGUUUUUUUUUUUUUUUUUGCCCUUUGAGAUUCCUUAUUCAGUCUAAUUAUUGUUUUCUACACUCCCCUUUUACUGAGGCACAAGAAAUCAGUUCCCCUUUAAGUAGCUCUGCUGUACCUAGUUAAUGAGAAUAUGCAU